AUGCAGGAAUUAUCUGAAGAGUUAUUAAUCACAAGUGAUAAUGAAAUACGCUCAUCAACUCUUAACAGUCCAUUAGUUGAACCGAAUGAAAUUAAUGAAACAACUAAUGAUGACGCAAUCGAUGAUGCUGAAGAUGGUUGGUCGCGUACAAUUGAAAAUUGGAUUGGUAUGCUAAAUACUGAGAAUCAUUUAGAUAAUAGGGGAACUGUAAGUAAUGAACCACUUGAAUUCGAAAUUUAUGGACACACUACCUAUCCAGCAGAGGAUUCAUUGGCAAAAUGGAAUUUAUCAGAGUUAUUUGAUGAUUUAUUGGAACCUCCUAUUUCUUUUGUCUUCCAGUAA